AAGGGCAAAAUUUAGCGCGACGUGUACGUCGGAGAGGAGCGGCGGGCCGGAGUACCAGGGUGCGUGUAAGGCCAGUCCGCCGUAUGAUAGCCUCCGGCGGGAAAGGCGUGCCCGCCGGGUGAAAGGCUGCGGCUGGCCGGCACCUGGGACUCGCGGGCCCGUCUCUCGAGGCAUUUGCCAGUGCGGUGUCGUCGGGGCAACAUCUUUCGGCGCAGGAGCGAUAACGUCGGCGAUUACGGCGAUAACACAGCGAUAAGGUCGGCGCGGCAGCGACAGAGCGGAAGGGCUCUCGAGAUCGCUGGCGCGGUUGCUCGCGCACAGGGUGCGGGCACGCACCGUCUCGUGAGGUUCACGAGAGGCUCGGAGGACUCACUGGCGCGGGCUCAUCGUCACGGUGAUUUGACGAGAGUCAGCUGAGAGCUCCGCGGUGAGUACCGAUCUGCUCCGAGCGGAGCGUGUGAGUGUCCGUGUGUUUGUUUUGUCUUUAUUUUGUAGUGUGGGUUUUCAGGGUGUGUGGGGAGAUUGCAAUAUUGGGUGCUAACAGGGGAGUGUUCGUAUUAUUUCAAUUCACUAGCGUGACGUUAUAGCUCGUGUGAGCUAUGCCCACCACGGAUGAUGAGGGCCCUCGGGCCACAUAUGGGCCCGACCAGUCCACGUAUUCGGUCCUGCCUCCGGCCAAAAACCUGGGGGCAUUACGGGAGAUUCCCAUGUUUGAGCCGGACAAGGAGGGAAGCGUGGGCGUCGGGGAUUUUCUUGAGGCAGUGGAGAACGCGGCCUCUUUGGGAAACCUCGACGCCAAUGACAUUAUGAAGGUGAUGCCGAUGCGCCUGAGAGGCCCAGCAAAGGGUUUCCUCAAAACGUAUCUGGCAUCCAAACAGGUGGGCUCGGACGUGUUCGGGCUGGGUCACCUGUGGAAAGAUUUUAAACGCGGGCUGUUUAACCGUUUCCGCAAGCCCACGGACCCGGUGGCGCACCUGCUGCAGCUCACGAGCUGUCAGCAGGGCGAUACCGAGACCGCCCGGGGGUAUGCGCAGCGGCUUAAAUCGCUCGCGUAUAAAACAUGGCCGCAAUUCACUCAGUCACAAGACGAGCCCAUCCGCCAACUGGGCGAGAAACUCAUCUACCAACACUUCCUGAAGGGCUUGAAGCCCACAAAUCUCGAGCGGAUCCAUUUGAAGGGCAUAGGGGACAUGGAUGCCGCCGUGAUCGAGCUGACCAGCAAAGAGACAUUUGAUGCCCUGCAGCGCUCGGGCGGUCGCUCCGUCCGAGUGAAUCAGAUCGGAGAGGAGACGCCUCGGGCGCUAGAGGAGAUCCGCGGAGCCGUGCGCGAGCUCCGCGAGACGGUGGCGACCCACAUAGCCAGCACCGCCGAGGCUCUGUCUCACGCGCUGGGGUCGCAUACAUUGUCUGCGCCCUACUCUGCAGCCGGACACGGCCGGGCGGACGCGCUCCCAUUCCACGCGCCGGUCCCUCCGGCCUAUGGGGCCGCUGUAUAUGGGUCGGGGGCGGUGCCGGACUCGGCCGGUCCGUCAGGAUCCGCUGGCCCAUGGUACGAGACGGCACUGUCUCACCCGACAAUGGCUGACCCUGGGCUGGGGGAGACAACAUAUGGUGACAAUUUCUAUGGACCGGGAGGGCACCCGCCCCAGUCGGGGCCGGACAUGUGCGACCAGGGGCUGGAAUGGGCUCAGCCGUCGGCCUCUAACUGCCCGCCCGGCUACUCCCCGCAUCUGAGUGGUCCGAGCGCGAUGGAAUACUGGGUGAACGCCGUGGGCUAUCGGCCUCGGCUGCCCCAGUAUCCCAUACUACGGCCCGCUGCUCCGGGAUACCAGGGGCAGGCUCCGCCGCGCCCCAUGGGAGGCGCUCCGAGGGGACCGGUUGCUUGUUUCAACUGCGCCGGGCCCCAUUACGUGCGGGACUGUCCCUGCCCGCGGCUGCCAGUAGCGCGCGGAGUGUACACUGGGGGAGCGAUGAGGGCGCCGGCGCCGGGCGGGCCGCUCUGGCGUGGCGUGGGACCGAGACCUAAUUACCCGCCCGGGGGCCGGAUGACGGCUCCCAGGUUCCCAGCGGUCCGGGACCGCGUGCCGCCCCAGCAGCAGCCUUUAAACUGGUAGGGCCAGUCGGAAGCGCGCCCGACCGAUUGGCUAAUGGAGUUGACAGGGCGGGGGAGGAUGACGUUCUCUCGGUAAAUAGCCUCAUUGAGAGAGAGUCGGAGCUGCCAAAGUUGAAAGUGAGGGUGGGAGAUCAGAGCUUCUCAGCUUUGGUGGACUCUGGCUCCUCAGUGACGCUGUUAUCCGCGGCGGCGUGGCAGAGGCUGCCCGUGCGGCCUAGCCUGAGCGCCGGAGGCGGCAUUCGACUCCGCUCGGUCACCGGCGGAGAGCUGGCCAACAUCGGCGAGGCGGUGCUGACGGUUGAAAUAGGGGCUUUCAAACUCGAACACAAAAUGUGCGUCAUACAGGGCUUGCCCUAUGACGUGCUACUCGGAAUCGACUUUAUUAAGGCGUCAAGAAUGGUGUUAAAUGCGGCAGAGGGGUGUGUACAGAUAGGGAGUAGCCGCGUUCCAUUCGCUUCCUCCUGCGGGCUGUAUAACGGCCCGCGAGCGGUGUGUCUUUCCACGGACGUGACCGUGCCCUCGCGGCACG